GGGUUAUGAAAAUCAGGUGCACUAUCUGGGUGGUUGCUAGGGUGUUUUUCUUUAGGGUCCUUCCAUACAGCACUUGCUUGCCACUACGGGAGGCGAAGGCCCAGCUCUUACCAUAUUCACAACGUGACUUAAUAAACAUCAAUGAUAUGAAAUUCGUCACUGUCUGCUAAUCAACAGCGCCACGCCAUGAGUGGAGUCAGGGCUUGUAAACCUUCCACGUGUUCAAGAGCGAUUAGUGGUUAAAUAGCGCAGAACAAUCGGUUAUAGCAUAUUAUAGCGAACACGGUUGCAUCAGGCCUUGAUCAGAGCUUUGCUCUUCUCUACACAGCGGAGCUGGCCAUUUCUUUGUGUCAGUGCUCCAAUUUGCACCGGUUGAUUUUAGGCGUUAGGAGCCCGCAAAUACCGGUCUUGGCGUCUACCGCAAGGGCAAACUACAACGUGUAGCUCAGCGCGAGGCGGCUGUCGCCUCCUUCCUCGCGUUGCUGGCGUCUACGUGUCUGUGCAGCAGAUUCCUCGGCGCAGCGAUAAUUUUACAAUAAGUCUUAGUGGUCUGAGGCCGGAGCUGCUGCGCGCCUUGAACGCGUUUGGUUCUGUCGUUUGGCGUCGGGUCUGAAAGGCAAGCCGCAGACCUCGCGGCAUAGCUGGUUGCGAUCUUUCUGCUGCGCACCAGGGCUUGCCAACAUAGCUAACUCAGGGCAAGGGAUCAAGACUGUGGGCCGGCAUGGAGCGCGAUGAGGCUAUCAACGCUGUAUCCGGCGCUGUGGCGGGCUUGGUUACUGCCGUCUUUGUCUGCCCGCUGGAUGUUCUUAAGACUCGACUACAGGUAACCAAGGCGCGGAGUACCUCCAUCUCCGGAGGCAUCCGGGCUAUUGUGGCGCGUGAGGGGGUCGGCGGCAUGUACAAGGGACUGGGUCCCACCCUCCUGGCGCUGCUCCCCAACUGGGCAGUUUACUUCGUAGUGUACGACAGUCUCAAGCGACGGUUGGGUGCCGCACAUACUACCAGUGGCGGCUCCGGAGGCGCCGCUGCACCUGUCGGCCCUUUGACGCACAUGGCGGCGGCAGCGGGCGCAGGCGUUACAACCAUCCUGGUAACGAAUCCAUUGUGGGUGGUCAAAACGCGAAUGCAAUGUCAUGGCAUGGUGGCGGCGGCGGUGUCUGGGGCGGUUGAGGGCACGGCAGUUGUGCCGGCGGCGGCGGCUGGCUUGGGGUUGCAGUCGGGACUAUGCGCCGUCACUGGCCGCGCACUUACUAGCGCCGAGGUUUCUAGCGGCUCUGCAGUACAACAGCAACCUACCCCCUCGCAUCAUGCUAAUGGUCAUCAGCAUCAUCACCAACAGCAGCAGCACCAACAGCCAAGAGCAACACAAUCACCGCAUCAGCAGGCGCAUGUUGCGCCGUCAUCAACUGUCAAUGGUAGCAGUUGUAGCAGUAGUGACUCACGCGUUGCUGCACGGUCAAGCUGUAGCGCUAGCAGCAGCAACGGGGCCAAAGCUGCAGUUGCCCCGGGCCCCGGUCCUCCCUCGCCACCGUCGGGCGCUAGGGUAGCGCCUGCAACUCCUGCUACAGCAGCCGCCGCCACUUUCGCCUCGACGACGGCGGUGGCGGGCGCACGUGGAGGUGGCGGUGGCGCCGCCUCCGCCGCCAUUGCAUCGUAUCUCCGUCGGCCGCCGUACAAGAGCACCGCGGAAGCGCUACUGCGGAUUGCGCGGGAGGAGGGCCUGCGGGGCUUGUACAGCGGCUUGGCGCCUUCAAUGGCGGGGAUAGCGCACGUGGCCAUUCAGUUUCCACUGUAUGAGUAUGCCAAGCAGGCGGUUGCGCGACAUAAGGCUGAAAGGCACUUAGAACUGGAGAAGGAGCGGCAGCAGCAGUUGCAUUGCCAUCGGCAGCAGCAGCAACAACCGAGCGCUGGGUCCGGCGCAGGAGGGGAAAGCAGGACCGAAGGAGCAUCCCUCCCAGAUGGCCCCCUUCUAACCGACAGCCUAACGGUUCCGGAGCUGGUCGCCACGUCAGCAUUCGCCAAGGUGGUUGCGUCAACCGCCACGUACCCUCAUGAGGUGGUACGCUCCUACAUGCACCUCUCCGGCAGCGGGCCGCUGUCGGGUCUCAAGGAGGCGGUGGUGUCGGUGUGGCGCGAGGACGGGUUGAGGGGCUUCUACCGCGGCUGCGGGGCAAACCUGGUGCGCACCACCCCAGCCGCAGCCAUGACCUUCACCACCUUUGAGCUGGUGUCUCGGGCACUGCGGGACGCGCUGUGAGGCAGCAUGGACGUGGGUGGGGGCUGGCGGGUUGCUGUGGGUUGGAAUAGGGAGCUAGGGAAAGGGGGUCGUGGGAAAUGAUAGUAGCAGCAGGUAGCAGGUGGGAGUUUGCUGGUCGCCAGCCCUAACUGAUUGGCAAGAGGGGUUUGGAGAGUGGCAUGGAAUGCGGCUUUAGUGAGGGGCAAGUUGGGGCCUCUCGUCUCUGCAGGCGGUGGGGCGGCUGCUGAGCCGUACAGGGCAGGGGCCCUAAUGGCCGUAGGACAGGGUUAGCAUUAAAGGGAUAAGAGGGAAAUUCCGUCGCGUACUGUGGCUAGGGAAGCCGCAAUUGGGCAUCGGAAGCCUCUCUCGUUGCCAGCUCGUUGUUUGUUGUGAGUAGGUUUUUGAGGCGCUUUUGCCUCGUAGCGGCAAGGGGAAUCAUUGAGGGACUUUACGGUAGCGGUUAAGAUGGCCGCUCACGCGCUGAAUGCAGUCCUUGCGAUUAUGGAUACAUGCGCUUUGUUUUGUUGGUGUUCAGCGAGGGCGAAGUCAAAAGCAGCGGUUUCUCACGAGCCUGCCAGGUGGGCUUUGUGUGGGGUCAUGCAUGAAAUGUACGCGGUGUGCUUGCGUGCGUCUAGGUUUUCUGCUUUAACGCUACGUCUUCGUAUCAAACAUAGUCAAGUUAAGAAUUCGAGGGGAGGCGGGGAAGUUGGACCGCAGGACAAGAGUGCGGUACUCUGCAGGAGGCUGCUCUUCAUAUUGUGGUACACAUGUAGGAUCGUUUGUUGUUUACCUGGAAUCACAUCGCAUGACGAAAUGCGUGCCUCUUCUCCUCUUGGUGCCUCUGCGGACCCAUGGGUCGUUUGGUGCUAUGUGAGUGUCCUGCCCUGGAGCUCCUCGGUGCUUCAUAAUCAGUGUCUGUGUGUUGUGAGGCGAGAGGAAAACGAUGCGCUGGUCCUGCUGCUACUGCUCCUUAUGUUCGUAUGCUCGUGAGGGGCGCCGGAAAGGUAUGCCUGUGCUGCUCUUGCUGCUGCUACUUCUGCAUACGAGAGCGUGUGAGACUAUGUGUGUAUCACUCAAACGGCUGUGGGUCUAAGCUUAGUAUGCUUAGACGCUUCGAGGUCAGAGACAAACAGCGCGGUUCCUUUCUCUCCUGCUUGUGAAUGGUUGCGGUCUUUAUGGCAUGCUGCUGUACAAUGUGGCGGUUAGCUAGCCACAGCUGCGUGGAGGAGAGCAGCGUUGGCAGCGUAUUAGUAUCGGCCAUAAGGCGCGUUUGGCGCCCUUCAAACAAGAGCCCGCCUGGCGC